AUGAAGAUCGAGUUGCCUUUGAUUCACAAUCCGAUUGUCGUUCGCAUCUUUGUGUUCAAUUGUCAAGACACAAUGUCCAAAGCAAUUAUGUUGUGCAUGGUCACUUUGAUCAUUUGCUGUGCAACUCGGUUUGUAUUUGGUAAAGGUGAAGUUUCAAAACAAUUGUGUGAUGCUGAGAAAAUAGACACCGAUAAGGCGGCCAAAGUAGAUAAGAUCUUACAGAAAGAGUGUCUAGAAAAGGCCGAUGAUAUGAGCAAGUUUAAAAAAGGAACAUUUUGCGAUCAUAAUAGAACGGACACCAAUAUUGUUACCAAGGUAGUUGAAUGUUGGAACAGUUUCAAAAAUUCCGGCACGGUUGAAAUGAAAACACUUUUUGAAAAAGCCAAUAAAGCCAUGGACAAAGAGUGUUUGGCAAAGGCGGGAGAUAUAAGUGGGUUCAAAAAAGUGGAUUUGACCAAGGCCAAUUUGAAACAAAUAUUAAUUAACUUUUGCGAUGAAAAUUUUGGUAAAUGUGUUGAUGCGCUUUUGAAAUCCGAUAAAAAGUUGCAAGAUGAAUUAACGAAACAUGAAAAGUCGACAGAUAAGAAAGAUUCUGAUCAAUUAGAGAAAUGUUACACAAAUGCUAUCAAGAAAUAA